GCAAGGAGUCAGGGACCGCCAAACUCGGCGGGGUGCACCGUCUCCGAUGUCCUUCCUCGUGUCCACCGCGGCAGGAGUGUGGAUCCCGGACGAGCCCCCACGUUGUCAGAAACACACUGAGUCUCAGCAAUUUGCAGAACGGUAAACUUUAUUUUUCGAGUCUGCAGAGUCGGACCCAACCAGCUCCUGCUAGAUUGAGUGCCGAAUUACACUUUGCACAGUUUUUUUUAUACCCUACUUGUUUACGACUUUGUGAGUUGCACCCAUGUGAGGUGGGUGCAGACAUUCCUCCUUAAUCUCAUUACAAAAUUACAAAUGUGAUUACCCUUUGGCCCACUUAUCAGCCUCAGCGCAUUUUGACCGUUAUUGUUCAACCGUUAAGCAUGUCUUCCCGUUACCCGUAUCGCUUCUUUAAUCAGCAAGCUAUUGUUUCAUCCUCAUAUUGCAAAUUGGUUUAUACGUUGCCCUGCAAGUUGCUUUGCACGCUCUUUCUGUGUCAGCACAUUCUAAAUGGACUCCUUAAGUACCGUCUUUAAUUUAAUCAUUUCUCUCAAAGAUCACAUUUUAAAAUUGAGACCUUCUAGCUGAAGAAAUACCAAUUAAAGACAGCAAAUUGCUACUUGAGUAAGCCACGGCCAAUUUAAAACAGUGCUUCAGGGUUUAGUUUAAUUCCUUCAGAGGCUAAAUUAGAGCUAAUUCCUGUACUGUCUCGGUUUCUGUUACUUGGAUUGUAGACUUAGUUAAAUAAGUGAAACUUCUUUAAAAAACUGCUGAAUUUGACCUUAACAACGUGGCGCCGGCGGCGGAGGGGCCACUUGACCUUUCCGGUAUGGCGACGCUGUGGUGGCUUGUGGGUGUCAUCAGGGUAGGUCCUGCUGUGGGACAGAGAAGAUGGCGGAACUUCUAACAGCCGGAGUUUGCAGGAUUAUGCAAGAUAUGUCAAAUGUAAAAAGAAAGGUGCAGAACAAUGUCGAAAAUAUCCUUUGUUGGAUUAAAAGAGUUCACAAUCUAUCCUGACCCCUGUAAAUAAUUUGAAGAACAGCAGAUGCUCUAAUCAUCAGACAACCAACUGUCCUGAUGUAAUGAUCCAGAAUUGUCAGAAAAGAUCAGAAAUGAUGUCAAGCCAACCAGUCAACAUUGUUGAUAGUGGCAAACGUAACAAGAAAAAGAAAAAAGCCAGAGCACUGGACAGCUUUACUGGGAAGUUUGAAGACUUGUACAGGCUGACUGAUGAACUAUUAGGAGAAGGAACUUAUGCAAAAGUCCAAGGCUGUGUUAACCUGCAUAGCGGAAGAGAAUGUGCUGUUAAGGUCAUUGAGAAGAAGUCCGAUUUGAGCCGAAGCAGGGUGUUCCGUGAAGUUGAGACUUUAUAUCAAUGUCAGGGAAACCAGAAUAUUUUAGAGCUGUUCGAAUUUUUUGAGGAUGAAGCACAUUUUUACCUGGUGUUUGAAAAAAUGCGUGGAGGCUCCAUCCUAACACACAUUCAAAGAAGAAAGCACUUUAAUGAAAGAGAAGCAAGUAUUGUUGUGAAAGACAUUGCAGCUGCCUUGGAUUUUCUGCAUAACAAAGGUAUAGCACACAGAGAUCUGAAGCCAGAGAACAUCCUUUGUGAAUUUGCAGAAAAGAUAAAUCCAGUGAAAAUUUGUGAUUUUGAUCUUGGUAGUGGGGUGAAGCUAAGCAGUGCCUGUACUCCUAUAACCACUCCUGAGUUGAUGACUCCGUGUGGUUCUGUGGAAUACAUGGCUCCUGAAGUGGUAGAGACAUUUACAGAGGAAGCAUCAUUUUAUGAUAAGCGUUGUGAUCUGUGGAGUCUUGGAGUAAUUCUCUACAUCCUGCUGAGUGGAAACCCACCCUUUGUGGGGAAUUGUGGAACAGACUGUGGCUGGGACAGGGGAGAGGCCUGUAGAGCUUGUCAGAACAUGCUGUUUGAGAGUAUACAGGAAGGUAAAUAUGACUUCCCAGAAAAGGACUGGGCACACGUUUCCAAUGGUGCUAAGGAUUUGAUUUGUAAGUUGUUGGUACGUGAUGCAAAGGACAGGCUCAGUGCUGCACAAGUACUUCAACAUUCAUGGGUCCAGGGGAAUGCCCCAGAAAGGCGUCUGCCCACACCACAGCUUCUGCAGAGGAACAACAGUACAAAGGACCUGACUCAUUUUGCUGCUGAAGCUAUCGCCUUCAACAGACAGCUGUCACAGCAGGAUGAGGAGAUGCAGGGAGAGCAGGAAGCCUUCAUCAAGACUGUUUGUUCCAUGCGACUUUCUCCUCCCUCCAGUUCCAGGCUUGCUAAAAGAAGGGCCAAGACACAGGCCGCAAAAUCUCCCCAACAGCAGUUAUCCACUUCGGGAAUGAGUGUCAAUAAUGGUGCUUCAUGAUUUAUGUUUUAUCUAAAGUCGAGCUGCCAUGGCAUCAUAUCCCUAGUUCAGGAAUCAAACCAUGCUUACAUUACUAUGGGGUUUGCACAGGGUUUGUUACACUUGAACCAUGAAAAUAUUUAUUUACUGAAAACUAAAUAAUGCUCCUUAGUCUGGGGCACUCUGCAGUUAAUUUUAAUAUUUUUGUACAAGGCACCCUUAUUUGAUUAUAUUUUUAAACUGCAUGCAAAUUGUUGAGAGGAGUUUAUAUUUAUUUUUUCUUAAGCAUUAUUUUAAAAUAUUUUAUAUCUUAAAAUUGCCUAAUAUAUGUAAAUAUGGAUGCCAGUUAAGAAAGGAGGAGAUAAUUCUUGAAGUUAGUGUGAAGUACGUACAUCAUCAAAAAGAGGAGUAACUCUUCAGGUUAAUAUGAAUUACAUAUCUGUAUAGUUGCAGCUCUUCUGAUUUGAUUAAACAAAACACUGUGUAGGUUAAAAUGCCUAAAGAUGUGAUUACAGCCUUUACUGUGAGGAGCUGAAGUAUCACUGAGAUAGCACAGAGCUUUACUGAGAUCUUAUUUUGAGUAAUGUGUGCAGUUUCGGUCUCCAUUUCCAAAAGAAGGGUAUGCAAGCCUUUUUUUCUGCUGUGUGGAUUUGUGAUGUUGAUUUUCAGGACAAAGGGAUUGACUUAUGAAAAGAGAUCUAAUAAACUUGCCCUGUCUGGGAGGAUGUGGAAGAAAGGGAGGUGGUCUAAGUUGAGACAUACUAGAUUAUGAGAGUAUACAAUGUUGAAGCAGUAGAGGCCAGACAGAGUGUGCAGAAUCGCAGACUGAUCAGUCGACCAUCAAUGAUAUAAUAUUUCUUCAAGUAGAUGGUUGGAAAUCUUUAAAAUUCUCUACCUCUUGAAGCUCUACAUGAUCAGUCUUUAGUGUAUUUUCAAGGCUGAAAUCAGUAGAAUUUUAGACAAGGGAAUCAGGUAUUGACAAUGGGUAGCAAAGUUUAUUUGAAAUGUGAUCUUAUUGAAUAGAUCAAGAUACUUGUGUUCUCAGGAAUUCCUGAUGCCUUUUUUUUAUCCCAUUCCUUGUGAAUCUCAUAUCAACAUUUGUAGAAUAUAAGCCAAUAACUUCCUAUUUUGUGACAACCCUGACACACUUGACUGGUCUGAUGAACAAAAAAGGAUAUUUUUAACAAAAUAUUUGCAGGGCUUCAUACUUUGAACCUCCUGCAACUGGAUAUUUAUAUAAUAAUAUAUUGAUUUCAAACAUGGCAAUUAACUACAACUCUUUCUACGGCUUAGCUUAUGGAGACUUGUUUUAAAAUGUAACCAAAUGUGCUUUUCUAAUGCAAUAUAACUUUGGGUGAAAAUUUUAAACAAUAAAGAAAUUCAU